AACGACCAUCAAAGAUAGCUGUUCUUAUCAUCCCAAAAAGUUUGGCCUCACGGGCUGGGAUUUGCCACCCAGCUUUGCCCAAACAACAUGGCACGUCGGUUGAAACUGUGCCGAUGAAUCUGCUAGCAAGCACUCCGUAGUCCGAGACAUCGUGCGCGAUAGGUAUGAGAUACGCAAGGCGUGAAUUCGAAUCAUGGGUUCGCAAACCACAUAUGAACGGCUUUGAUCCUUGUGACACUGGAUCACGCCAAUUAAGAAGUAAACACCGACUAUCGCCCACUCGCUACAAUGAAAAGUGUUGCAAUGCCUUCGAGGCAAGAAAUUGUUGCACCAUUCCAAUCAAAGGAAGCGUUCGUCGAUUUCAUUCGGACUCCACAGGGCAACGAGGGUCAGGCUACCGUGGGCGACGCGAAAUGGUCAAAUAAGGAUCUCGAGCCAACACCACAGAAAGACAGGACAUGGACAUGGUAUAACCUUCCGCUGUAUUGGUUUUCCAACCAAUUCUCAUUGGUCGGCUGGAACACUGGCUCCGCUCUAGUUGCUGUCGGAUUGACAUGGCAGCAAUCUUUUGUCUCGGCAUGUAUUGGGUCGUUUCUUGCCGCUAUAGUGGUCGUCCUUAUGGCUCGACCGGGUGCCAAGUACCAUAUUGGAUAUCCUGUCCUAGUUCGAUCCGUCAUGGGAAUGUACGGUGGUUACUUCUUCGUUUUCAUCAGGGCUGUUGUAUGCAUCAUUUGGUAUGGCAUCCAGACGUUCUACGCAGGCAACAUCCUCUCCGUCAUGCUUCGAUGCAUCUUCGGUAGCUCUUGGGAGAACUUUCCCAACACUCUCCCUACCAGCUCCAACGUCACCUCGAAGCAGCUCCUAACAUUCUUUAUGGCUUGGCUAAUGGAGUUUCCAUUCAUGUGGGUUCAUCCCAAGAACAUCCACUACAUAUUUACGGUCAAAGGUGUCGUCAUGCCCAUCGCCGCGUUUGCAGUUUUCGGCUGGUGCAUGGCGAACGGAGGCGGACUAGGUUCCAUAGACCUCGCAUCAGUAGCGGGGCAGUCAACUGCCUCAGUGACACCAUUGGGUUGGAGCAUCAUGUCUGGCAUCAACACCAUUUUCGGUUCCCUGUCACCCAUGCUGGUCAAUCAGCCUGAUCUUGCGCGUUACUGCAAGAAGCCUCGCGAUGCCGGUCCAAUCCAGGGUGUCAGCGUUUUCAUCGCCUCGGUCAUUGUCUUCUUCCUCGGUAUGGCUUCGACCACUUCGAUCCAGGCUAAAUGGGGUGUUGCAUACUGGAACGUCUGGGACCUCUUCGAGGUUAUCCUUGACCACUACUUCACUGCCGGAGCACGUGCUGGUAUAUUUUUUGCGGCUUUCGCAUUCUACCUUGGUGUCUUCACGACCAACUUCGGGGCCAACUCGAUUCCUUUCGGCUCUGACAUGACCGGUCUGUUCCCGAAAUGGCUGACUAUCCGCCGAGGUCAGAUUCUCUGCGCAAUUCUGGGUGUUGUCGUCCAGCCCUGGCAGCUCAUGGCCAACGCAUCCGCCUUCCUCAGCUUCCUGGGAUCGUACAGUAUCUUCAUGGCGCCUUUAUGCGCCGUCAUCAUCAUCGACUACUUCAUCGUGCGCAAGGGUAAUGUGCACGUUGGAUCCUGUUACAUCGGCAACAAGAGCGGUCUCUACUGGUUCUGGUCUGGAGUCAACUGGCUUGGCGCUGCAGCAUGGCUCCUUGGUACUGUCAUGGGCAUCCCCGGUCUUAUCGGCCAGUACCAGCCGCAGAUUAUCAGCAAUGCUGCGAAGUACAUGUACAUGAUGGGAUGGCUUUUGACGUUCUUCACGUCCGCCGCCGUCUACUACAUUGCGACUUUGUUUGUCAAACCCCGCAUCUUCCCUUCAGGAUUUGAGACGACUGCUCUGAAGUGGGAAUGGCUCGCUAAUGAAGGUCGGGAGGGUUUCUUCGAUGGAGAGAGAGACGACGGAGAAAUGUACUGUCCAUCUACUCCGCCUACCACGGACGUCGAAGAGGUGGUUGUAGGCGAGAAGUCAGCGAAAGGCGCAUUCUAAGUCAGGUGUGAAUAUGGUACAUCGAAUUACUUUAUGACAGAUGUGGUACAACUAUUUUGUUACUAAUCUGGUGGCACUCGCGAUUAUCACGCUGCAACACAUCACGAGCCUGAGACGAUACUCGUGAAAUGUGAUGAGCUCUUCACACUGACAGGUCAAGUCUUGUACCCAUCGACCAAGCACAAUCUGUUCAUGGUGAGUAUAGGGUAUGAAAUUAGCUUUCAAAACUUGUAAUAUUACCUAAAUCUGACCUCAGAGGCACGCCGAGCAACUCAAUAGCGUUGAGCACUCGAAUGGGCAACGCACGGCGGACAUGU